GUAGGAUGUUUAACCAGACUCUGUGUUUCCUCACAAUCCACUCUGCUGGGCAGCUUAUACUGCUGCCAUAUGGCCACCCUGAGAUCUCUGCACCAAACUACAAUGAACUGGUAUCAGUGGGUGAGGCAGCAGCAGCAGAGAUGAAGAAGGUACAUGGGAUGGACUACACUGUAGGAACAUCUCCACAAAUCCUCUAUCCAAACUCAGGCUCAAGCCGCGACUGGGCUCGUCUCAGUGGCAUCCCAUUCUCUUAUACCUUUGAGCUGAGAGACACAGGUGAGUUCAGCCAUUUGCUUCCAGAGGAGCAGAUCCAGCCGGCCUGCGAGGAGGCCUACACAGGAGCUCUCUCCAUCAUCACAUAUGUUCACGACAAGACCUUCAACAGCGGUACCCUCCCUAAUGCUGGGGGCGCUGUGAUCAUAUGGAGCAUGGCCGUGUCUUUCACCACAGGGGUUUUGGUAUAA